AUGAAACACUUCAAUUUCUUCAACUUCGGCUUCGCGAGUUACGACCCUGUUCCCGAUCAAGAGGAAGCCUCAACUCCUGAAUACAGAGAUGACAAAUACCUGACCUCUGAACAGAUUCACGCUGUGGCAAGCAAAAAGCCAAACUUGAUAUUGUGGUAUGUCUUGACAUCUGUGUUUGCCACCCUCGCUACCUUCUUCUUCGUGCAAAACAUGCAGAUGAGGAGACGAGGAGGCUUCCAGACUGGUUACAGCAACGAGUUAGUCCUUGCCACUCCCGCAAUCCAAGUUUCACAAGUCCGAUUCACCGGUGGCAUCAAAUUUCAUGACAACGGAACCAUGUACAGAGACACUGGGCCUGGGACUCAAUACGUAGGGCGGCCGAGUCCAGAACUGGAUGCUGCCUGGGAUGAAUUGAUUGGAACGCGAUACCUUGCUUUCACCGACCGACAAAAGUCUGCUUUUGAUGUUGAAAUAAGCCGCUCUAACGAAGACGGGUUAUAUCGUGCCGGGCCAGAUGUCUUCCACUCACUGCAUUGUGUCGAUAAGCUCCGACGGACGAUUGAUGGGUAUCUGUAUCAAAUUUCCGAACAAGUUGACGAAACAUACCAAAACAUCCUUCACAUCGAGCAUUGCCUCGAUUUCUUGCGUCAGCUGGUGGGAUGUAGCUCAGAUCUGACGCCGAUCCCGCUAGUGUACUCAAUUGGCGCAGGAUUCCCGGUUCCAGACUUCGAGCAAUUGCACACUUGUCGUAGCUUUGAGUCAAUCCGGAAGUGGGCAAUGAAGCAAAACGAAGAUGCCCUAAGAACUAUAUAG